ACAAUUGUAUGCGCACGAAACAGUACAGAUUGAACCAAGUCUUUCAAACGCUCUGAAUAGAAAUAUCGAUCGAUUCUGUAAUUCUUCACUAGGUUGACACUAUUAUUUUUUACCUCAACCGAAAAUCAAAACUUUGUCAAAAUUGUGUGGACAAUGAGUGAAUCGGGUGUGCGGCAGCGUAAAAAAAGCGCUGGCGACACAAAGCCCCGAAAGACCCCGAAAGUUCCGCAAACUACACCCACAGCCAAUCAACAUCAUCGUAUGUGGGCACGAUUGGUUCUGAUUGUAGGAAUUGGUAUUGUUGUCUAUUUUACAACUUUUCGCACCAGAGAAAAAAAAUUCGCAACAUCCAAGGAGACACUGGAGCUGAGAACACAAAAGCUGGAUUGCUCUAAGCCCUAUUUCGAUGAAAUUGCUAAAUUCUCUGGAUGCAUUCCGAUUCACUGCGGUCGUUUCGUAAGCGACAAAGUUGUCGAACCAGCAGAAGUGGAUGUACUACUAAAUUUAGCAAGAUCAGGAUUUCAAUUUGGUCGUUCUUCCGGAGGAGCUUCAAUUCUAGAUCUUCACUCAGGUGCACUCUCGAAGGACACUCAAUUCAUUAAUAUAUACAAAAUUCCGGAAGCGAACCAAGUUUUUACUACAACUCAUAUCAACACUUACAAACAUGUUAAAGACAAAGUUCAGCAAGCGAUUAGUGAUAAUUUCAGAAUCAAUAAGGAUUCAUUGUUUUUGACUCACCCAACCUUCUUCUCGAGGCUGACAAACGAAACGGCCAAAACAAUUCAUGAUGAAUAUUGGCAUCCUCACAUCGACAAAGAUACUUACAGUUCUUUUCACUAUACCACGCUCCUGUAUCUGACAGAUUUUGGAAAAGAUUUUUCCGGGGGACGUUUCGUGUUCAUUGACAGUGCUGGUAAGCAUAAUAAGACCAAUGUUUACAUAGAACCUAAGCGAGGCAGAGUUAGUGGAUUCACGUCAGGAGCAGAAAAUGUUCACUAUGUUGAACAAGUCUCGGCUGGGGUUCGAUAUGCAAUAACAAUAUCAUUCACCUGCAAUAGAGAGCAUGCUAUGGCCGAUCCACAAUUCUCGAUCGAAGAAGAUGAACUUUAGGCUCUUUUGCAUUUUUUUCACUAAAAUAUCCUAAAAAUUAAUUUGAUCAAGUUUUAACACAACAGUAUUUUUUGGGUAGCUGAGUGAACAAAUCAAUAUUCACAGUUCAAAAACCUCAUUGAUUGUAAUUUAUCUGUUACGGCUUUCGUCGGAAUUGUUGUGUAUCAGUUAAAUACAAGAAGUUGAUUAAAUGCAAUCUAGUGAAGGUGCCACAGUCAUUUUGCCAGAAUUGAAACACCAUUUAUAGAAGUCUCACAAAGUAGUAUUCUCACAUUUCCGGAAACGAUUGAACAUGCCUUAAUAUUAGUUUGCUCGGCUAGUCAAUUCAACACCAGUAUUCAAACAGUCUAGCGAUCAAAUAGUUAUGCAUAUUACAAAUCCAAGAAUUGCAUCUUAUGUUGCUUUUCGUUUUUUGUUAACUCAAGUAACUCGUAAAUCUUCACUGGUGGCAUAAUAAUCAUUUAGUUAUUGUGACAAGUCAAUUUCAGUGAUAAAUAGAAAUAUAGCGUAAAUAUAUAGUAUUAAACACUUCUGCGUUUAACCAUUCGAUGUCUUUAUUUAUUCUAUCUCUACCAGAACAUAGAAUCUGUUUUGCUUACUAAGAUGAACCAGCAUUGUUAUGCCAGCCUAAACGUAUCAUAUGGUAAUAAAAAAAUUUAUAUAAAUUUUACACGGCCACUGAUCGGGUCACUUGAA